AUGAGGAUCCUUUACCAGAUCCUGGUUGUCCUCUUCAUGAUGCUCCAAGGGGCUGCAGGUCAGCCCAUCUUUCCUGGGCCAUACAAUCCUUGUGUAGCCCAAAAUGGACGCUGCUUCCCAGGGAUUUGUCAUUGGCCGUACUACUGGGUUGGAACAUGUCGUAAUGGAUUUUCUUGCUGUAGAAGGGGGUGGAGGAGCUGA